CUUGAAGGGGUCCUAGGAGGUCCGGCGGGCGGAGGAAGGAGGAGCGUUUUCUGCCCCCAUUUAGGGAGGCUCAGGCCUGCCCGACCAAAUUCUCUGGUUUGGGGUUUGGAAGAUACUCGCAGUAUCUCUCGCUCUAUAUUGAGAGUUUGGGAUCUGGUCAAGAACUUUUUUUGUCCUUCCAAGACCCUUUCGUAACAGCUUGGCUCACCUUCCCAUUGACCCUGGUCUGGUUUUCACUCAGCUUCCUGGUUACUUUUCUCCCUUUAUUGUGCAGCACAGGUUGGAAUAUCAGAGGAAAUUGGCGGGAAACAGAUCUGAUGUCAAAGAGCAAAGUUGAAGCAGUAGCGUGGAUCUGGGCUAGCAGAGAUUUCCAUCCUCUGGAUUUUAAUGAUUAAUGUUAGAAAGUGGUUUGAGUUUACCUUUGUGCACGUUUUUGAUGAAUGUCGUUCAAAGUUCUGUUGCCUUCUAGUUUUUCCUUGUUAUGGGACGACGAUGAGGCGUCAACGGGGCAGGGUAAAUACUUAGCUUUUACAGUUUUCAAUUUUAACUUCACAGAAUUUGUAGUAACAUCGCCAGCUGCUCAGCUGUCACCCGCCGAACUGACAGAAAUGCGGAAUGAGCUCUUUAAUAAAGAGAAGAACAGGCAGUUAUCUUUAACUCCUCGAACUGAAAAGAUUGAAGUCAAACAUGUUGGGAAAACUGACCCUGGCACUGUCUUCGUGAUGAAUAAAAACAUUUCAACUCCUUAUAGUUGUGCCAUGCAUUUAAGUGAGUGGUACUGCAGGAAAUCCAUUCUGGCUCUUGUGGACGGACAACCUUGGAACAUGUAUAAGCCUUUGACUAAGUCCUGUGAAAUUAAAUUUCUUACUUUCAAAGAUCAUGACCCAGAAGAGGUCAAUAAGGCUUAUUGGCGUUCUUGUGCCAUGAUGAUGGGCUGUGUAAUAGAAAGGGCAUUCAAAGAUGAGUAUGUGGUCAGUUUGGUCAGAGCCCCAGAAGUUCCUGUAACUGCUGGAGCCUUCUGCUAUGAUGUAGUCUUAGAUAAGAGAUUGGAUGAGUGGAUGCCAACCAAAGAGAACCUCCGUUCCUUCACAAAAGAUGCUCAUGCUUUAAUUUACAAAGAUCUUCCAUUUGAAACUCUGGAAGUUGAAACAAAAGUGGCGUUAGAAAUAUUUCAGCACAACAAGUACAAAAUAGAUUUCAUAGAGGAGAAGGCAUCUCAGAACCCUGAGAGAACAGUCAAUUUAUGUAGAAUUGGUGACUUCAUUGAUGUGAGUGAAGGCCCUCUUAUUCCAAGAACAAGUAUUUGUUUUCAGUAUGAAGUGUCAGCAGUUCACAAUCUUCCACCCACGCAGCCAAGUCUUAGAAGAAGAUUCCAGGGUCUUUCUUUACCCAUUCACUUAAGGGCACAGUUUACAAUAUGGGAUAAACUAUUGGAAAGAUCUCGGAAAAUGGUAACUGAAGAUCAGAAUAAACCAACAGAGGAAAUUGCAUCUACCUAAUAACUUCCUAAAAUUUAAAUCUGUAUAGGUUGGUUUCUGACAUCUUAUUUUGACUGUUUGGUGAGAUCCUGGUUCUUGAUGUUCUGAAAAUCUUGAUGUUUGUUGGUGAGUACAUCGGCACCUUGGAGGAUUAGCUUUGUAAUCUGGCACUUAUUUUUAAGCAGCACUUAUUUUUUCUGAGCUUAUAGUCACUGCAAUUUCAGCACUAGAUUAUGCUCUAAGUCCAGAUUUGCAUGAGUCCACUGUUGCUGUAUUUUCACUGUUUUAGCAUUUGAUGGUGAUCCACAUCCAUAUUUGUUCUAAAUCUUUAGUUGGUGUGUUGUUCAACAUGAACUGAGGGAGUACUUAAAAAGGGUAGUCCAUCCCUACAAAACUCUCCUUGGAGAAUAGGCCUAGCUAGAUACGUCAU